AUGAAUCCAACCAGCACAAAAUUAGCAAAACAGGCAUAUGUUCCGAUGAUUAAGUUUAUUGGAACAAAGCAUCCAAUCAUAAAACACCCAGAUAAAACUACUGCACAUCCAUGUUCAAUGAAUAAAAUACUUCCAGGAUCUUCCGAAUGUAUAUCUGUUGAGCAAUAUUUGAAAAACACCAUUCCCUUUAAGGUGGUUCCAUUUAAAUCUAUAGUAAAUCAGAAUGCUGUUGGUCUUGGGAAGUAUACAUAUGUGGAGAGACCUCUUCAGGAAAAUGAAUUAGCGUCAGUACUAGAUUUACCUCUAAGAUUUAGACCAAAACCAAUUGAUGACUUAGAAUUAGAUUCGAUCAAUAGCGGUGGUGCGUUUUAG